AAUAAUUAUUAAUUCCAAUGGGUUAAAUCUGAAAAGAAACAUCAAUUGAGCUAUCAGCUGUUAAAGGUGUAUACAUUUGUUGGAACACCUUAUAUAUUUGUGUGAAAUGAGCUAACUCCCUUUGCUUAAGAUCACCUCCACCCCACUGUCAGGUCCUAAUUAUGCAGAGCAUUUAUAAGUCUCUCUGUGUAAUUUCUGCAGGUCCAGAGGUUUCUGUGUUCUUUCUUCCUCUGAUACAAAUCUUCCACAAAAGUGUGUUCUGGAGCAGCUUGCCUUUUCAAGUAUCUCCAUCCUGCAAAGGACCAAGCUGUAAAGAUGGCGCACAUGACAAACAUUUUGGAUAUCUUGAGAAAUCCUCAGCUCUUUUGUAUGCAUGAUCCAGAAGCCAUUCCAAUAAGAAAUCCAGGGGUUCUGAAAAUUUCUCAUGAAAAAUUUAUGCAUUUUCAGUCCCUAUCUGUGACUGGGCCUCACCGAGCUGUGAGCCAAAUCUGGGAGCUCUGUUGUCAGUGGCUGCAGCCGGAGACCCACACUAAGGAGCAGAUGAUGGAGCUACUGGUGCUGGAGCAGUUUCUGAACACCCUGCCAGAGGAGGUUCAGACAUGGGUGAGAUCAAGACGACCCAAGAACAGCAAGGAGGCAGGAACCUUGGUGGCAAACUUGAUCCAAGCAUGUCGGGAGGAAGGUUUCCCUGCUCAGAGCUCUGUCCUUGCAGACGGGAGGAACACCAAAGAACAUCCAGAGGUGGAACCAAACAUGUUGGACAAUUUGCCCUCUGCUGGAUGCCAGAGUCCAUCUCAAGUAUCCCAAGUGGAGGUGCCCACAGGAACUGCCCAGGAGUUCGUGACUUUCCAGGAUGUGUUUGUGGACUUCAGCCUGGAGGAAUUAACCUCCCUGAGCGCUGCUCAGAGGAACCUGCACCGGGAGGUGAUGCUGGAGAACUACAGGAGCCUGGUCUCCUUAGGGUACCAGUUCUCUAAACCCGACAUUAUAUCACAGCUGGAAAAGGAGUCAUGCGAGAUGGAGGCAGAUGGUGAUACAAAGACAGGUCAAGAUUGGGAGAAAGGACCUGAAACCAAAGAUCUAACUCCAAAGCAAAGCCCGCCUGUAGAAAAACCAUCCUUGGGGGCAGGAGUGGAGGAUCUGGAAGGAGGUAACUUCUGGCACGUGGGACACACGGUAGAGCCUUCUGAUGGCCCACUGGAUUCAAGUCGGGUCAACAAGGAGAAACCUCUGAGCCCUGUAACAGAGAGUGAGCCCAAGACCCUCGCUCAGGAAGGAAGCCUCAACAGUGAUGAAUUUGAGAGAAGUUCAAAUCUUCCUGAACAAUCAGAGGGGCCUCUAGGAAUGGCUCCCCAGGAACAUGCUGCUCCUGGGGCUUGCACCAGUCCCCCGCCGAUAGUCAGCAAACCUUCCCUCCAAGAAACCAGAAUUAACAGAUGUGAAUUUUGCCAAAGAACCUUUUGUACCCAAGCGGCCCGUAAGAGGCACGAGCAGAUCCAUACUAGGAAGAAAUCCUUUAAAGGUAAGCAAUGCGCAGAAGCCCUCUGCCUCCUGCCGGGACUCACCAGACGUCUGGGGUCAACUUCCGAUGACGAGUCGCCUGGAAAGUCAUUCACCGAGCACCCAAGUGUCCCUGAGAGGAUCCACAGUCAGGAGGGCUACUAUGAGUGUGUCCAGUGCGGCAGAGCUUUUGUCCAGGAUGUGCAUCUUUUUCAGCAUCUCCAAGCCCACGAGGCUGCUAAGGCCCUUCCACCUGUGUUGCCCAGCAACAGGACGCAUCUGAUUCGAUAUCAGCAGAGGCACGACUAUGUUGGGGAGAGAGCCCACCAGUGCUGCGACUGCAGCAGAGCCUUCAGUCAGAGCUCGCAUCUCAUCUCACACUAUCGGAUCCACGCUCUGGAGAGGCCUUUCCAGUGCCGGCUGUGUGGGAGAUGCUUCAGCCGACCCUCACAACUCACGCAGCACUAUCAGACCCAUUCUCUGGAGAAGCCCGGUGAGUGCAACUGCUAUUGAAAAAACCCUCAGAACAUUCCCAGCAUCUCUGGCUUCAUCCUGGAGAGAGGCCCUCUGAAUGAGAACGCCUUCUGCCAGCCCUCACAUUUUGAGAACAACUCGAAAAUUCACCUUUGUGUGCCCAAAAAACGGAGUGGUUGCAAGAAUGUACAACCAUCUUUUUGCACAAGGAACUUCAACACAUGCAUCAGUAGUCACACAGGCCAAAAAA